GCCAACACUACGUUGGACCUUCUCAUCGUGGUUGGUGAAUUGGUCAAGAACGGCAUCCCAGGCUUCGUGGACAUCAAGUCCAGAGCUGACGACAACGACUCGACCAAGAACGUCCUCUUCGGUUUACGAACCCCCCUGCCGCUGGAUCGCUCAUACUAUACAAACCCUUCCAAGUGGGAGACUGUCGAAGCCGACUACAAAGUGUACAUUGCGUCGGUGUUGCAGCUAGCUGGCUACACUGCUGAGAAAGCGGCGGCUGCCGCGCCGGUGAUCAUCCGUUUCGAGAAAACUCUGGCCGGUGUGGACCUCCACAAACUCAAGAAGAUCGAGGCCGUUGCGUCUCCGUAUACUGCGUUUACGUACUCGCAACUGGACCAGAAGUACCCGCUACUCAUCGGCUCAUGGCUUAAGGCAAACGGCUUCGACAUCUACGACCAAUCUGGUGGGUCGAACGACUGGGUGGGGUUUAAGGACUUGACGUACUUUGACAAGACCGAACUGUUGUUGAAGAACACGACGCUGGACGACCUCCGCACCAUCGUGGAGUACAAGCUCAUCCAUGCCUCGUCGAAACACUUGACCCCUGAAUUCCGCACGGCCAACUGGAACUUCAUCGGCAAGAAGAUCAAAGGCGAAGAGGUGGAACCUUCUCGUGAAACGUUCUGCUUAUCUGAGACGGACGAGACCUUGGGUGAUCUCUUGGAACAGUACUUCAUAGACGAGGUGUUGUCGGCUGAUGCGGCCAAGACGGCCGAAGAACUGGUCAAGGUCUUGAAGUCGUCCUUCUCCACUGGCAUUGCCACCGCCGACUGGUUGGACAACUCGACCCGCUCCAACGCGCAAACGAAGCUGUCCAAGCUUGGGCACUUGUUGGGUGGCCCGGAGAAGCUGCAGCUGUACCCCACGCUGACGUUUGACUCGAAGUCGUAUUUGAACAACCGGUGGAAGGUGUCUCAAGUGAACUUCGACAUCAACUUGAAGCUGAAUGGCCAACCUGUGGACACGCCCGAGUUCGACUACGAUGUCUAUGUCGCCAACGCGCACUACGAAACCGCAAAGAAUCAUAUGUUUUUCCCGGCCGGCGUUUGGCGAAAACCUUUCUUUGACGUUCAGUUUGACGCCGCCCAGAACUUCGGCGCCAUCGGGAUGCUCAUCGGACACGAAAUUACCCACGCGUUCGACGACCACGGCCGCAGACACGAUGGUGACGGCAACAGGAAAAAAUGGUGGUCGAAUGCCUCUGACGCUGCGUUCGAAACAAAAUCCGAGUGCCUUCAGAGCCAGUACAACAACUUUGUACUCAAGAGCGAAGUGAAUGGCGCUGUGUUCCGCAACAUCACCUCUCUGUUCUCUAUCAAUGAAAUCAUUGCAGACAACGGGGGUCUCAAGUCGAGUUUCCGUGCGUACCACGAGUACUUGAACGAGUUCCCGUCCCAGUACACGGAAGAAGCAGGCGACAAGUUGUUUUACUUGUCGUUCGCCCAAACCUGGUGCACCAAGAACACAGAUGCCUACCUCAGCAGUACUUGGUAUAAGCAGCACCCUCCCACUAUAUUUCGCGUGACAGGGGCGUUGCAAAACAACGCUGAGUUUGCCCGUGUGUUCCAGUGCCCCACCGACUCGUACUUGAACCCGUCGAAUAAGUGCUUGUUGUGGGAAUAGGGUUGAUCG